AUGCUUGCGAUAGCUUCAUGUUUCUGUGUCUCCGCUCUCCACAGGAAGUGGUUUAGGGACGAUGACAAUGGACCAAUGUGGACAUCAACAACUACAAAAAAGCUUAUUGAGAAGAGGCUAGGUCAUAUUUUGAGGUGCGGUGUGUACGUGGCGGAUCGUUGGUUUGGCUAUUUGGGUAGUUCGAAUUCGCAAAUGAGGGAUUCUGGAGCAUACUUUAUGGAGAAAUACUCCCGUGGCCAACUCAAAGAAUACACAGAAAGAGAAAAUCGUGAUCCACCGCUUGAUUGGCAACCGCUGAUUGAUAAUGCCCGUAAAAAUCUAGGAAGGCGAGAUUUUCAUGCAACUUCUCAUUAUAAACCUUUGAGAAAGGGGUAA